AUGGAAAUAUUUAUGUAUAUUUCAACGUUGAUAUUGAUUACUCCACCUGGAAGAGUUCCAAAUGAUUGGCAAUGGCUAUUUGGAUCAUUUGCACUCUUUCUAUCAUGGAUUAACCUUUUGCUUUUCAUGGAAAGGAUAUCUGCUUUAGGUAUCUAUGUUAUCAUGUUAAAGUCCGUACUGUUGACCUUUCUGCGGAUCCUCGUUGUUCUUACCAUUUUUAUGGUGGCCUUUGCAUUUGCAUUUACAAUCUUAGCAGGAUCAGAAGAUGUUUUUAGCACUAUUUCAUUAGCUAUGAUUAAGGUUUUGGACAUGAUGGUGGGAGAAAUUGAUUACAAAGAUGUCUUUGUGACUGCUAUUAGUGGUAGAACUAUUAAAUAUCCGGAUAAUUAUGUUCUCGUUGCUUUUCUCGUCAUCUUUAUCUUCCUCAUGCCAAUCUUACUGAUGAAUUUAAUGAUUGGUUUAGCAAUUGGAGAUAUCGACAAAAUUCAAAGAAAUGCAAAUAUAAGGCGCUUAGGCAUUCAGAUUGAUUUUUUAGACGAUUUAGAGCGAUCAUUACCAAGAUGGUUACGGAAAAAAUUUCACUGCGUCAAAGAUAUACGGAAUACCCAAAAAUAUUUAUAUAAGUUCUACGCUUACGUUUAUGGUGAAGUUACUUCUAAAAAUGAGGAGGAUGUAGAGGAAUUUUAUAUUGAGCAAAUUGAUCGAGUUUUAACAGAGUUGGAUUGGCAAAAGAAGCAAAUAAGAGGAAUAUUUACAGAAAUGGAUAAAAUGAUGGAGACUAUACUCGAAAUUCAAAGCUUUCAAGAAUUCUCACAUCAUGCACCAAAGGGAGGAUCAAUGCAGUCUGAAGACUCUAAAAAAUCAGAAGGCCCUAAGGCGUUACUAAGUCCUGAAGCAUCAGAUACUUCGGAUGAGAAGACCUACUUGUAG